AUGAAGAAGGAUGUUGGAAAUGGCACUAAAUCAUUUGGUUAUUUCUCUGUUAGAAUAUACUUCUACAGUUUACUGCAUGUUAAUGUCGUUGCUCUUAAACCUUCUUUUUCUCUUUUUCCUCCCUUAUGCAUUGCCUCUCAGCACUGGAAAGCCCUAUUUGAUCAGAGAGCUAGCUGUUCCUGCAGGCAGGCACUAAAGGGAGAGGAAAGCAGCUGGGAUGAAGCACAAGUCAGGAAGCAGGCUGAAAUGUUCGAUCCUGACAACACCGGCUACAUCAGCACUGAGAAGUUUCGCUCCCUUCUCCAGAGACACGGCUCAGAGCUGGACCCCCACAAGCUGGAGGUCCUGCUGGCCCUGGCAGACAGCAACUCUGAGGGGAGGAUCUGCUACCAGGACUUCGUCAACCUGAUGAGCAACAAAAGGUCGAAUAGUUUCCGCCAAGCCAUCCUUCAGGGGAACAGGAGGCUGUGCAGCAAGGCACUGCUGGAGGAAACAGGGCUGAGCCUUUCGCAGAGGCUGAUCCGGCAUGUUGCAUACGAGACCCUUCCACGAGAGAUAGACCGCAAGUGGUACUACGACAGCUAUACCUGCUGCCCUCCACCCUGGUUCAUGAUUACCAUCACUCUUGUAGAGGUUGCCUUUUUUCUUUACAACGGAGUGGUAUUAGACAGAUUUGUGCUGCAAGUCACCCACCCCUUAUACCUGAAGAACACAUUACUUUACCAUCCUCAGCUCCGUGCUCAGGCUUGGAGGUACCUAACCUACAUAUUCAUGCAUGCAGGGAUAGAACACCUUGGACUCAAUGUUGUCCUUCAGCUCUUGGUUGGGGUUCCCCUGGAAAUGGUGCAUGGAGCUGCGAGGAUCAGUUUUGUGUACGUUGCUGGAGUUGUGGCAGGGUCCCUGGCAGUGUCAGUAGCUGAUAUGACUGCGCCUGUGGUGGGUUCCUCUGGAGGCGUGUAUGCUCUUGUCUCAGCUCACUUGGCAAAUAUAGUCAUGAACUGGUCAGGAAUGAAGUGCCAAUUCAAACUGCUGCGCAUGGCUGUUGCCUUGAUCUGUAUGAGCUUUGAAUUUGGAAGAGCCGUGUGGCUGCGAUUCCACCCCUCCGCUUACCCACCGUGCCCACACCCCAGCUUCAUGGCUCACCUGGGAGGGGUGAUGGUUGGAAUCACCCUUGGUGUCAUUGUCCUGAGGAACUAUGAGCAGAGACUCCAAGAUCAGACUUUAUGGUGGAUCUUCCUUUCUAUUUAUGUCAUUUUUGUCUUGUUUGCCAUCUUCUGGAACAUUUUUGCCUACAGCCUGUUGGAUCUAAAGCUACCUCCCCCUCCUUGA